AUGUUUGCGGCACGGGACCAAGAGAAUCUCGCCUUCCACCGGCAGAACAAUGCCGCCAUGAAGCAGCUCCAGAAGACGCCCGGUGCCCAAUAUCCCAAGACACCGAUCAGAGUCCCUCUGAACGACGAGAAUGCUGCCCACGCCAUUAAGGGUGCUAAGAGCAUCGCUGGUCCGCGCAAUGGCAACGAGAAUGUCCUGACCUCCAAGGCCAACAAGGGUCUUAACAAGUCGCAAUUCAUGACACCCAUGGAGCCUCGCUCACGAGCUGUCCUUGGCGACAAGACGACAAACGCCAAAGCGAAGGGCUUGCAGUCCGUGAACGUCAAGGGCGCUGUCCGCCAAAUCGAACAGACUGCUUCAAAACCCCCGGCUACAGCGCGACCUAAGCAGAAGCAGCCCCAGGCUGAGACACAGAGGCUCCAGGUCCACACUGAAGCAGAUGAUCCGCUUAGUGAGGACGAACCCGAGUACUGCCCGCCGAGGCCUGUAGACCUUCCGUACGAAUCCGAUGUGUUUCCGGACGGAGUCCUCACCUUUGAGGCCCUCAAGCCAGAGAACAUGUUCAAAGGUUACUAUCAGCACUACUUCAAUCCUAUCGGUGAAGAUGGUAUUUCAUUAUCCGACAAACGCCUGGCCGAGAGCACGAGGAGGGCGCUCGAGGAGGGAGAGAAACGGAUCAUAGACGAUAUGGACAGCUUUGAGUGGGCCACAGAGAGAGAACUUCGCGAGGACGAUGCAGCCUCCCGAGCAACGGUGGUAAAGUCGCCAAUCCCCAAAGCUGGGCCGGUCAAGCGAGUCACCACAAGGGGCCCUGCCUUGCGCGAAUCGGCCUCAAACACGAUGGCAAGGAGAGCAGCGUCCUCACUGUCAAUCGAUGAUGCCACAAAAUCGCUGCAGCGUCGUACAGCCGUCCCAGUCAAGCAGGCCACUGUUGCCCCUAAACGGACGGGCUUUGUCAUCCCGCGAUUGGCUUCCACAAAAGCCGUUACCGCCAAGCCGGUCACCGCGGCAUCGAGGACGACUUUGGAGCGGAAAGGCAUUGAGGCAGCAUCACGAUGUACUAUCGGUUUCAACAAGGGGAGGACUACGGCAUCCAUGCUCAAUCGUGGUCCAGCACCUCCUAUCAGCACCAGGCCACGUGCUCCCAUUGCUCGUGUCGGCUCCGCAGUCUCUCGUGACUCCGACAAGACCGUGACGCCAGCCCGCUUUGCUAAACUCAAUUCUGCCAGCGCAGCUGCCAGCGCUGCAGCCGUAGAGGAUGCAGAGUGGAAGGAGCGCGUCCCGUUCUUGUCAAUCUUUGCGCACGACGACGACGGGGUCGAUGACGACUUUGACUUGCUCGGAGGCCAGCCGAUGCCGACCUUGGACGCCUCUGAUGACGAGGACUUUGAGAUCAGGAUUCUGGAGUGA